AAAAUACAUAGAGAGCCCGAACCGGUAUGCCAUUCCAUAUUUAACCCAUUACUUCAUCGCCUCUUGGUCUGCAUUGGCGAGCAGUUGCAAAAUGGUGUGUAGUGCGAACGUGUCCUCCUUAUUCUCUACCCACCUAGUUUGAUCAGACUUGCCCAUAAAUCAGACUCAAAAUGGACAAUGUGAAUGUGGAAUCUGAGAUUGGAGAGGAAGAGGAAGAGGAGGGUCCAUGGAUUAAUCUUCCGGACCACGUCUUGGUUAACAUCUUUUCUUUCCUAAACCUGAGUGACCGUUCUCAGGCUGCCUGUGCAUGUAAAGCAUGGAGUGAAACAUUUGACACUCCGUCUCUGUGGCGGAGAUUCAAGUUUCAUUUCUUCAGCGAGUCUGACUCCUGCCAGCUAAAGUGCCUCGACCUCUACGGGAGCCAGCUCAGAAAUGUCUGUGUGGUACUGAAUCAAAAAGGAGAGGACAAUCGCAGGAACGCUUGUGAGGUGAUAAAUCGUCUGGCCGAGAGCCCUGAACGCAGGCUCCAGGACAUCACCAUACAGUUCACAACGGACAACCCCCUAUUCUUCAAAGGAAUGGAAUUCAUGAACAGUCUUGCACUGCUGUUUGGACCCCCUGCCCCUUCGGUGACUAUGCACCACCAGCUACGUAAGAUCGAUCUGAGCCAAUUGGCAAUAUCAAUUAGUGAUAGCACACUUGCUUUGAUUGCAGAUAAUCACCCAAACCUUGAAGUCCUCAACAUCCAGAAUCAAUCACUCACCAGUCACAUCAGUACAGAGCACAUGCUGAAUCUUGUAUGCAAAUGUAGGAAGCUGCGUGAACUCAGUACUUUCUACAAAUCUGUAUCCGACGAUGCCUUCAAGGCUUUUGCAGAGGCUGACCACACACCUCUGGAAUACCUUUCGCUUGCUUGUCGACGUGAGGAGAAGUACCACAAGCCCCUGUCGGCAGAAGCCUGGGACAUACUUAUUGCUUCUUCACCCAAACUCCGUGUUAGUUUACUCUUUGAUCACACGAUUGAGCGGCAUCAGAUCAGACACAUCUUGCAUCCUCAGAUUCCGCUGACGGAGCUUGCCAUGCGGACUAUGUCGGAGCUCCAUCAUGAAGUGGGAAUCGUGGCCACCUUCUACCCUCGCACUCUGGAGGUCUUCAUAGUGGUGACCAAGGGUUCCGAGUCCUUCAAGACUGAGCUGAUGAGGUUGGUGUCAGCGGCUCCUCAUCUACGAGUCCUGCAUUGCUUCUGCGGCUUGGACGAAGGCACCAUAGCCAGGAUCAAAGAGCUCUGUCCAAACCUGGAGGAGUCUACCUUGAAAACAGAAGAUGACUUCAAUGAGAUGUCGAGGGUUUUCGUUGGUAGGGCUGCACGGAAUACUGUCAUGUCUGGCCGAUGAUUGGAGAAGUCUGUGGUGAGAGGAAGAGCUUCUGGACUGGAGGGUAGAAAUUGCUACACUUACAUCAUGUCUUGCCUUAGAAGCGAAGCAGGAUGCAACAUCUUCGGCAGAUGUUUUAUGAAGCCACUCGAGUGUAAUCAUGGUUAUUCAUUUUUUUUUUUCAGCCAGUAGACCAGAGGUGGCAUUCUAAAUAUCAUCUUAUCUUUUAUUUUAGGGAGAGAUAUUUAAUUGUUACAACAAAAUGAACAAAUGCAAUUAUAAUGGGUGAUUGAUCAUUGAAUAAGGUACCUGGCGGAUAGUGUGCCCACACUGAUAUUUCUACAGGCCAGCAACAAUGAAUUUAUUUCAGUUCAAGCUUUGCAUCCAAUAAAAAAUCAAAUGAAAAGGCACAACUUACAUUUGUUAUGACAAUUAAAAUCCCUUCUCUAAGACCCCGUUUCCGCUCACUUUGAAAGUGGUCUUAGUUAGACCACUCCAGAGGAACGGGUCUUGAGGAACGGUUUGCGAGCGUUCACACUCCGAGCAGUU